AUGCUGCUCUGCCUCACCCCGCCUCUCCUGACGGGGCUGUCUGCUUGCACUGUGGCAGGUGACAAGGAACUGCCACUUGACGCUGAAGCUGGGUCCUGGGGCACCGUGACCCUGGAGGAAGAUGUUGUGCCCAGCAUUCAGCUCCAGCUCUGGGAAGUGAAGAGGAGCAAAGCGAGCCAGUUUUUUGGACUGAUGGGGAAGCAGGUGGGAGGAAUACCUCCCAUCCAGCCAGAGAGAAGAGCGUAUCAACGAGGACCAGUAGUCCAGGGCCACCUGGGCAGGGGAGGACCAUCUACAGAAGAGGACGAAAAACCCCUUUCUCCCUACCUGGACGUGACAGCCAACCAGCCAGCCUCCGUGUCUCCUGGGCUCAUCGCCAGCAUGUCCCUACCACCAGGCCCUCACUGA